AUGGACCGAAUUCGACGUUCAUUCCGAAAGUCUUUACAUUUGGGUAACAAAAACAAACUUACCGCUCAGGAUGCUAAUGAUAUGCCAUCGGCUUCGACCGGCUCUGGAGGCAAGAGUAACGCAUUUCAACCGGACGAAUCUUCAGUUAGGAAUGGAUCUUGCUACUUUCAGGUUAAGGUAAGGUUUAUAUGUUAGUAAAUCAGUUAAAAAUUUGUUUUAAAAGCAAUAUUUUUGAUGGUUUUUAUGUACAUAAUCCUAUAAUAACGUAAAUUAUUGUUUUCAGUACCUUGGAUCAUGUGAAGUCUUCGAAUCUCGUGGAAUGGAAGUCUGUGAACACGCUCUAAAACACCUAAGGGUAAGUCUUUAUAUCUUAUUAUGGUUAUUCGAAAUUUAGAGUAAAAACCGAGCAGUAAAGGCCGUAUUGUACGUAUCAGGUGAUUCUCUACGUGUGGUGGAUCAAGAAGCUAAUAGAGGCUUGAUCGUGGACCAGACUGUCGAAAAAGUGUCAUUUUGUGCACCGGACAGGUCAAAUGACAAAGGCUUUGCAUACAUUUGCAGAGAUGGAGCCACGAAGAGGUGGAUGUGCCAUGGAUUCACGGCUACGAAGGAAUCUGUAGGUCUUCGUAAAGCUUUUGGGUCUUAAAAUGCCUUAUUCUUUAUAGGACGGUUUGGAUUUGAAAAGCUAAAUUCAAUUAAUAUAGUGUAUAUUAUUAUAGGGAGAAAGAUUAAGCCACGCCGUUGGAUGUUCAUUUGCAAUUUGUUUGGAAAAGAAACGGAAACGAGAAGCUGAAAUGGCAGUCUUUAUUUCCGCUAAAAAUCUGGCUGAAGAGGUUCAAAAUGACUUUAAUGGGUAAGUGUUAAACAACUUGCUUUAUCUCAACUGAGAACAUAAAUAAUGAAAUGAUUUUUGUAGAUCUCGCCAAAACCAAGCCUACUCCUCCUUCCGACGACAAUUGUCAAUCGCAGAACGACGACAAGACCCUCAAAAGGCUAUUCUAGCUCAACCAAUCCCAGUUCAAACACAAUCCUUAACCAACUCACUGAUUGAUGUUCAAUCUCCAUCAGGAGAAGACGAAUCCUCUAAAAAGCCGCAGGUUAACAUGGCUUUGUUCGAGAAACAAAACAGCUUCAGAGGACCGAGCAAUGUAACGCUACCUAGCAGUAAUCAGUUCAGACGAUUCAACUCUUUGAGGACUGAUUUGAAUGGCAAAGCUGUGAGUUUAGAGGUAUAUAUAGGAGGAAAAUAGUACAAUUUAUGGUUUUUAAAGGAUAAAACGAUAUAUAGUUGAUAGAGGAGCCUACUCGAGGAGCCUUGUAAUUUCUAAUUUUUUAAAUUAUUUUAAAGAAUGUCUUGUUAAAAUUUUUCAAUAUCAAUCUUUUUAUUUUAGUCGUUUGGCACACUGAAAUCACUUCAUAACGAGCCAAUAUACGAAGGAGAUGAAGAAUGGCCUGGUGUGAGCACACCUCAACCAACAACAAGUAUAAUACCUACGUCUAGCUCUGUAAACGAGUUCAACCAUAUUCUGAACGAUUCGAAUAAGGAAAACGGAUUAAACAAUGGCUGGGACCGCUCACAAAGUGCAAUGUAAGUAGAUUAACUCUUGUUUUGUGUUUAGAUUCGAAAGUUGGUUUUGUUUCAGUUUUUGAUAUUAUAUUGACUUUUUUGACAAACAACUAUGUAUCAGGAUGUUGGAAAAGUGUUGUGAUCAAUUCAAAUAAGUUAUACAUUCAUUGCUAUUUUCAGACCCCAAGUAUCUAACGCCGACAAUUGGCUUGACGAUAUCCUGAAAAAGUCUGCUGCCUCAACGACGUCAAACAAUAACGUGCAUUAUAAUUUAGCCGACGUUCAGAAGUCUAAACCAAUGUCAAGUCUACCCCCAUGCCAACCUCCACCCCCACUACCCCCUCAGGCGGUGCUACAGACUCCACAACGAUCCCUGUUCCCUUCUGAUGUCACUACUUCAGCAACAACGACUCCAAGACUGUCGACUGACUGUCAGGAUUCGAUCAUUGUUCAGAAAGUGCAUCCAAGUUUGAAUGGACUCUCGAACAAUGCUGUUAACCUGCCCCCACCUGUUCUGCCAACUCCACUGCCUUCGAAUGGAUCGUGGAAGGCGACAGGGCAGGGAAACGUGUCGAACACAUUAGGCCGAAAUAGCUUGAUAAACUCAACCACACCACAGAUGACUAACCUAGCUACAACAUCAUCAAACCCUGUUGUAUUCCCAAACACAACUUCUCAAAAUGGCAAUCUAUUGAAUCCAGCCAGAAGAACGUCGGCCGACAAGAGGAAGUCGAUCGAAUAUCAGAUUCUGGAGGAAACCGACGCUCCACCACAAAGCCCACCAAGACUAACAUCACCACUAACACAAGAAGUUGACAUCUUCGGUCAACCAGUCUUCAAUCCUGUCAAAUUGGAACAAAAUCGACUGGAUUUGCGGUCGAGAAUGGCUUCAGAUGCAAAGAUUCAGAACUUUGCAGCUUCUUCUAUGAAUUCCACGAAUCCUGUUACGAAUUCGGUCUCAAACUCGAUGAAUCAGGCUUCAAACUUUACAAAAUUGGCUUCAGAAUCCUUAAAGAUGAACAGUCUGAGUCAAGUGCCGAAGCUAGAUGAAGGUCAGCUGGCUAGAAUCGAGAAGGAGAAACAAGAAUCCGUCAACGAACCCGACCCCUUCGACGUCCAAUGGACUGAUCAGGUCCUGGAGUCAGCCAGAUCGGCCCGAGUUUCGGGUCUCAACAGGAAUCCAUUCAGUCAGGAAAGUGCCCCGGUCAACGUAUAA